AUAAGCUCUAAACAUAGUUUUGUACGACGCUGUCGCUGCAUGGAGUAUUAAAGGGAAGUAACUCUAUUACCUACCAUGCGUGGCAAGCGAAAACCGUGGACAUGUCGAUAACACAAAUGCACGAUGUCCUCAGAAUCAUUUGAUAAACAGAGGGAAAGUUGUUUUGACGGACUAGACUUGAGCAGGAAGGGAUCUAUCGACGUCCCGAUUGUUGAUCUUGUAAAGCUGAUAAAUGACCAGUCCAACUAUUUCACAACCAGCUCGUGUUCAGGAAGAAUACUCUUGUUUGAACAGGACGCAGGGAACCGAGUGAAGAAGAAGGGAUGUAAAUGGCUGUUUACCUCUCAUGAUUUCGUCCAACCAGAAGAAGUGGUGAGCAGUCUCAGGGCCCUGGAGGGUGACGCUGUGUUUAAAUUCGAGCCCAUGGUCCUCCACGUCCAGUGCCGGUCAGUGGCAGAUGCCCAGAGUCUGCAUGCCUGUGCAGUUGCUUCAGGGUUCAGGAACUCGGGCAUAACCAUCGGUUCUCGAGGCAAGAUAAUAACAGCGGUGAGAAGCACUCAUUCUCUGGAAGUUCCGCUGUCCAAGGAUCGAAGAUUGAUGGUCUCACAUGAGUAUUUGAAAUUUCUUGCCGAUUGUGCCAAUGCCAAGAUGCAAGAAAACUUGACAAGAAUAGAAAGGUUUCAUGAGAACUUCAGUGCGAUGCUGUCGAAACCAGAGAGCGAGAAGACUAAGAAGAACAGGAAGAACAGAAAGGCCAGACCUGACACUGUGCAGCAGUCACCCUGCAAUGCUGAUGUUGAAGGGAAGAACAAUGUCGUUGAUGACGAUAUUAGUCCAAGUUUUCUGUUUGAUAAUACGUAAAAAUAAACUGUUUCCUUUCUA